AUGGCGGACGACCAGCGCAAGCUCCUAGAGCAAUUAAUGGGAAAAGAAGCCCUCAUAUCUCCUCAAGUUCGGCGCAAGGAUGUGGAUUUCACAAGCAGCAGAGUAUGCAAAGCAUUUUUAGUCGGAAACUGUCCCUAUGAUCUUUUUGCUGGAACAAAGCUUAAUGUGGGGAGAUGCCCAUUAUUACACUUAGAAAAGCAUAAACUUGAGUACGAGUUUAGAACGAAAAAGAAAGGGGAGAAAUUUCCCAGCUUUGAGUAUGAAUACUAUCAGACGCUCAGAAAGUAUAUUGAUGAGAUAGAUUUCACUAUUUCCACUGCAUUGCGGCGACUCGAGCAUACUCCCGAAGAGAAGGCAAAAAUCGCAGAAGUUACCAAGGACUUAGACAUAUUGGAUACAAAAAUUGGUCUUAUGACGUCCGAGAUACGACACUUGGGAAAAGCCAACGAGAUUGACAAAGCAUUUGAACAAACAAGGAAGCUUGAGAAAUUGCACAAGGAGAGAGAUGUUCUAGCCGAACAGGCUCGAGUAAUAGCUGAGAAUAUUGGCCAGACAUCACAGCAAAAGCUUCAGGUAUGCGAGGUUUGUGGAGCAUACUUGUCCAGGCUUGACAGUGAUCGACGUUUGGCGGAUCAUUUUAUUGGAAAGAUCCACCUCGGAUACGUUCAAAUGAGGGCAGCAUUCGAAGAGUAUAAAAAAAAGUACACUUGA